CCAGCAGCACCAGGCUCCUUGCAGCCUCGGGGCACCGGCAGAGACGCGCUGAGCCGGCCGAGGAGACUCAGAGACAAGCGCCUCCCUCAGCAUGGCUGACAACGCCUCCUCCCCCUACGACUACGAUGGCGACUACGAGGACGAGGGCGGCUUGGAGGCCGGCUCCCGGCAGCACGGUGCCGUGCACGUGGUCUCCAUGGUGAUCUACUCUAUCGCCUUCCUGCUGGGGGUGACGGGCAACGGGCUGGUCAUCUUCAUCACCGGCUUCCGGAUGAGGAGAACCGUCAACGCCAUCUGGUACCUCAACCUGGCCGUGGCCGACUUCAUCUUCACCUUCUUCCUCCCCCUCAGCGUGGCCUACGUAGCCCUGGGCUUCCACUGGCCCUUUGGGCUGGCCCUGUGCAAGAUCAACACGGCCGUGGCCUUCCUCAACAUGUUCGCCAGCGUCUUCCUCCUCACCCUCAUCAGCGCCGACCGCUGCGUCACCGUGGCCUGGCCCGUCUGGGCCCAGAACCACCGCUCGCCCCGGCUGGCCUCCCUGAGCUCCCCCUUUCAGGAGAACACCACCCACUGCUACAACAACUACGCCCUGUCCCAUGGCUUCCAGCAGGAGGAGCCGGCUGGGCUGAGGGAGCGCCGGCACCGGGCCAUGGUGCUGACCCGCUUUCUAGCAGGCUUCCUGGUGCCGUUCGCCAUCAUCCUCGCCUGCUACGUGGGCAUAUGGGCCAAGCUGAGGCGGAACCGGCUGACCCGCUCCGGCAGACCCUACAAGAUCAUGGUGGCCGUGGUGGCGGCAUUCUUCCUUUGCUGCUCCUUCCGGGAGGUGUCAGCCCCGCCAACGGCACCCCCGUUCCAGUCGCUGCUGGCGGUGGGGAUCCCGCUGGCCUCCGGCCUGGCCUAUCUCAACAGCUGCCUCAACCCCCUCCUCUAUGUCUUCGUGGGCCGGGAUUUCCGGGAGAAGCUCCGGAGCUCGGUGCUGUCGGCCUUCGAGAGCGCCUUCAGCGAGGUCUCCGGCCAGCCCCCUCCCCCCGUUGGCAAGGGCAAGGCCAGCGCCGAGACCCAGUGGCACCUGCUGGAGAGGGGGUCGGCUGGCUCAGGGGCAAAGGGCCACAGGGCCAUUCCUCUCUAAGGGUAUGUCUACACUAGCUCCCUAGUUCGAACUAG